AUGAACUUCUCGGAGCACGACGUCGACCUCUUCGGGGAGGACUACGACGCCCGCGACGGAGCAGAAGCUGAAGCCCAGGGAGGCGGCGGCGCCUCGUCCGGCUCCUCCGCCCCGUCCACAUCCUCGUCGUCCUCCGCUGCCGCGUCAUCGUCAUCCUCCGCUGCCGCGUCCUCGUCCUCCUCCAGCGGCCGCAGCAGCAGUGGCAUUUCCGACGGAGGGGACCACGAGGGCCACGGCGGGGAGCACCACUCGUUAGGGCAUGGUGGCGAGGAAGAGGAGGAGACAGAUUUGUUCGGCCCCGACAACGAGGGGUACGUCAAGACCUCCGCCCGUAGCCGAUAUCCAGUUCCAGUGUUGCCCCCAUUACCGGACACCGACAGUGUUUCUCAUGGCGGAGUACAAGGACAUGGGUGCGGCGUUGAAGUUUGUGUUUCACAUAUGAAACUUAAUAAGAUUCAUGAGACUCUAUCUAGGAAAUCUGUUGCUUUUCAGGAGCCAUGUGAGUUCGCCUGCUUCAGCCGUGUUGAGGGUGGGGAUGUAUAUUUUGAUGAUCGCAGCUUGAGGCUUUUCAAACGUAAUAUUUGUGACUAUGUUGGUGAAGAUCUCAAUAGAGGAUUUGAAUCGUUUACAGAGAAAAGAGAUUUGGGAUCUCAAGGAUUUGAAGAUCUUCUUGCAUGCAUACGAAAUUCAAACCUACCUCUUCGGAACAUACAUUUUGUGACUUACCGCAACAACCUUAACAAGAUAUUGGCCACGGCUUAUAUAAAAGAACCAUGGAAGAUGGGUGUGCACAAAAGAGAUGGUGUUGUGUACCUUGAUGUCCAUAAGCUCCCUGAAAGACCACAAAGCAAGAUUGACCGCAGGAGAUGUUUUUGGGGCUAUUCUUUUGAAAAUCUUGCUACUGAAAACUCUAUUGGUGAGGACGGAAGAGGUAUUGAUGCAAAUGUAGAGUAUUGUUCUGUAAUAAAGACAAAAUUGGGUGCGCAUCGCAUUAUCAUGGGUGCUGAGAUGGACUGCUGUGAUGCAACUAAUGAUGGCAGGCGGUUCUAUGUGGAGUUGAAAACAAGCAGAAAGCUGGAUCAUCAUACGCUGAAAAAAUAUGAGAAAGAGAAGUUACUUAGGUUCUGGAUUCAGUCAUUCCUUGCUGGUGUAUCAUAUGUUGUCGUUGGAUUCAGGAAUGAUGCUGGUGUACUUGUGCGAACCGAGAGACUAAGGACUAGAGACAUUACACAAAAAGUGAAAGCAAAGAACUACUGGCAGGGUGGCGUCUGCUUGGCCUUUGCUGACGAGGUUUUAUGCUGGCUCUAUGGCACUGUCAAAGAAAAUGAAGACUAUAUUCUGCAACGUGUACACCCAUUCGAUCGCUUGGAGCUACUACGCGCCCAGUCUCCGUGCCCCGAGGCAAUAACGCAGCAUGUGGAGCGGCUCUCUGGCACAACAAACUAGAUCAGUUCCUAAGCAAAGCUCUGGCACUAAUGUUUUUGACUGACCUUAACCUUAUGUUAGCGUCGUAUAACAGCUGAACUAUACUGGGUGAGAGAGGCUGAU